AUGUUUUACAAACCUCCUCAUGCUUUUCGCCAGAAACUCAGUUCUAGCAGCUGUUUCUUCUGCAUACCUCAGCCUCUACUAGUGAACAAUUUCAAGAGGAUGACAUGGUCUAUCAGAAGCAGUGUGGAUAGCAGAGGGUUGGACCCAUCUCCAACAAAUGGCACUACUGGCACAACACGUUUAAUUAGGGCUAUCCAAGCUAUUCAAACCAAGUUAGGUAGCAAAAUUCGAGAGCUAAGGAGAGGUUUCCCAUUUAAAGUACUCUUCUUCUUAGUGGGUUUCUACUGUGCAACUGCUUAUGCUACUGUGAUUGGGCAAACAGGCGACUGGGACAUUCUAUCUGCUGCCUUUGCUGUGGUUGUGGUGGAGGGGAUUGGAGCCCUCAUGUACAAGGCUUCUCUUCCUUUACUAACGAAGACUAGGAGCCUGAUAACCAUGUUUAAUUAUUGGAAAGCUGGGCUUUCCUUGGGUCUCUUCUUGGAUUCAUUUAAAUAUGAGUUCAAUGACAUUUUUGGAUUCAGUAGCCCCUUCAAUUUCGAACUCGAUGCAUUUUCAAUAUUCUUAUAACACGUGGCUCUUUUGAAUGCUGUUUACUGAUAUGGAGGAUUGAGAAAUUGUGAUUGAUAAACAUAGGUCAUUACCUGACUGCAAUAGUGGGCAUGGGAUUUUCUGUGUACUGUC